CUUCGUUUAGUACAAAACGUUGCUCGUCUGUAACCGAAACGAAACGGGACGCCAUUUUGUUUUUGUCCGGAGGAGAAUAAAGCGGACUGAAGACAUUUUCUACAUUUAUCCGUUUAUUUAGGAAGCAGUGUUGAAAGAACUCGAGAAAAAACAAGAGUGUGAACGAGAAGUCAUGGAGAAACUUCUUCAAGAAGAACAAACCAGUGAACGUCGAAAAAAAACACAAAAGAAAAGCAAAGAAAAAAGGACAGAACGUCUAACAGAACUUAAAGUAAGAAGAAAUGCGAGUUAAGACCAUGUUACCUGAGGCAAUUUUUGAAUGAAAUUUCCGAUACAGAGCUAUCUUAUCUAAAUUAAUGUCUGCGAAAUGUGGGCAUGAACCGCAUUCUACAUGCAUAAAAAUCUUGCAGCUUUUCAACAAGAUGUAUUCGCACUGCUUGUUCCCAGUUGUUGACAAGUCUGGAACAAGUUGUUGUCGUCUUGUAACAAGGUUGAUGAGGCCAACAGACUCUCAACAAGUUGUUCACAAGUCUGAUAUCGUCUGCACGUGACAAGUUGAUGACAACAAGCUCGUAGCAACUUGUUACGAACAGCCUGUAUUAGUCUUGUUGGAACAACUUGUAGCAACUCUGUUACCGUCAUCAGCCUUGUAACAAGAUGAUAGAAACUUGUUCCAGACUUGUCCCAACAACUGGGAACACUUUCUUUACAUAACAUAUUCGUAAGGGAUGAAAAAUGAAAGAAAUGGAACGAAAAAUGUCGGCAAAAUAAACGGUGGGCCAUGCUCAUGCACACGGUGUUUGUGUUUAUCUUUCCGAGAUUCCUGUUAAAGUUUAUUUAUCUGUUUUUUAGGGUCUUCGUGAACAAUGGCGUGAUGCAGGCGCCGAUGGUACAGCGGACUCUGUAGCAGAGCAUGACGUCAUCUUGAGAGAGGCAGUGUGUUUGAACAUCGUCAAAAUUGGCGAAGAAAUGAAGGAGGAUGGAAGAGAAGUUAAAGCGGAAGAGGUUCAUGUCGCCAUUUUAGCCAACCUACAGCAAAUACAAGAUCAGGAAGCAGAGAUUUUACUCAGGGAUUUAUCUGAGAAAGUGAGUGAGCUCCACAUAUACUGGAGUGAGACAGCUUGUUGACAACUUGCUACAAGGUUGUUGAACUGAACAGACUUAUUACAAGUUGUUCCAACAACUUGUUAUCGUCCUGCAAUUCAACAAUUUGUCAACAAGUUGUGAGGGACAACCUUGUAUAGUAACUUGAUAAAAUAACAGUAUUGUUACAACUUGUUGACGAGCUUGCUACAAGCCUGUUGCGAACACAUCUUGUGAGACUUAUUACUUGUGUAGUUCGCUGUCUACCAUAUUUCAUCUAUUUACCCCCUGAGCUUUUUCUGGACUGAGGCUAAUUAGACGGGGGGGGGGAGGCUAAAAAGAGGCUGAGGCUUUCGACGUUUUUUAACAUCUGAAUUUCGUAUUCUUCGUUCCAGUCCUCCGUGACGUUAUCCCAACUCCGCGCGGUGCAACAUCAAGCAAGACGUCACCGCUGGUACGAUAACAUUGCGGUCUCACUACUCGGGCAGAAAAGCCCGGGACAUAAACCCGACCGGGAUAAUAUCCCCUCGGAAGAAGAGCUCCUUGGUGCCUUGGAGGAAAAAUACGACGCGCUUAAAGAUAAAUUGAUAGCAGAAAGUUUAAUGAACGAGCUCGGUGCUGCCAUGUGGGAAAAAUUAUCUGAUCGAGAAAGACAAGCGAAGAUUUUGAAAAUUAGAUUACAAGAAAAGAGAUUGAGACAAGAAGGAAAGAUUGACGAAGCUAACAGGUCAGUAAGUAAGAACACGUUACAGUAAUGAACGAUUCCAGGUAUCGACUAAUUUUUUAUCUAGACAAGAAAGACGAAAUAUAUCAUUAUAGCUCAAAAGAGCAUCCUAAAAAUAGUAAUAUUGCAAAGUUUGGUUGCGAAAUGUUGUAAAAUACGAAAAAUAUAGCCCUGUGAAAUUAGCAAAUUUUGAGUGUUUUAAUAUUACGCGGAAAAAUGCAUCACUUUUGAGCCGAAAGGUCUGCAAACAAGUUGUUACAAAUCUGUUCGACAAGUUGUGUUCGCACUGCUUGUUCCCAGUUGUUGUAACAAGUUUGGAACAAGCUGUUAACAACUGGUAACAAACUCGAUAGCAUUAUCAGACUUGUUACAAGGUUGUUCUGACAAGUCUGAUACAGUCAUGAUAUAACAAGAAUGUUACGGAAGAAGGUUGACAACACAAAGUUGUAACAAUAUCAUGACUGUAUCGGACUUGUUGGAACAACCGCGCAACACGUCAGAUAAUAUCAACAAGGUUGUUGCAACUGUUAACAAAUUGUUCCAUACUUGUUGACAACUUGGGACAAGCAGUGCGAACACAACUUGUUGGCGGACCUGCUACAGGACGUGAGAUUUUUGCGCGUAUAGUUGAUUGUCUAAACAAAUAACUGAGGCAUAAUUUCGUUUCCCAGGUUAUUUGGCGAGGGCUUAGAACAUGCUGCUAGCCUGUCAAAAUUAAUGGGUGAAACGAAAGCCCAGCAGAAAGAUGUAUUAAAACGUCGCUUGCAGAAACUACGUGAACUGAAGGCUGCUGGGAUUGAGAUUACGACCGAAGAAGCUCAACUCCUGGAGGAUGGAAUUGAAGCAGAGACGAUCGAGGAGGAAGUCACCACAGAGGAUGUGAUGAGAGAUUUACAGGUGAUUAGGAUUUGGAUUCGAUUGCUAAGUAGUUGAUUCAUGCUUUAAUUUUAAAGCACAAAUUGUCCUAACUUCGAACACAAACAGUUGACAUCAAAAUACGAUCAUCAAUGCCAUCAUUAACUACCAUCAUCACUACCAACAUCAGUACCAUCAUCAACUGCCAUCCUCAACUAUCAUCAUCAGCUACCAUCAUCACUACCAUAAUGACUAUCAAUCCC